AUGUCUGGAAUUACGAGAUCCGUGUACCGGGGCGCAAAAUCUCUUCAGAAUGCGCGACAAUUGUCUACCGUCGUCGCUGGUCGUAUCCCCAAAUCGGUAUCAUCUACUACCGCUAUCACCGGUCUCCGAAAAUCAGUUCCGGCACAGCAACACAUCGUCAGGCCAACAAUAGCCACAGUACCGACAUACACAGGGAAGUCUCUGAGAUAUGCGUCUUCCAGCAGCAGCACAUCCCUAAAUCGCACGCAAUUGUAUGAUUUGCAUCUCAAAUAUGGAGCAAAGAUGGUCCCGUUUGCCGGCUUCGAUAUGCCGUUGCAAUAUUCCGAUCUUUCGCAUACAGAGAGUCACCAUUGGACAAGAGAAAAGGCCAGUUUGUUCGAUGUCAGCCAUAUGGUCCAGCACCGUCUGACAGGUCCCGGGGCUCUCCCGCUUCUCAUGAAAGUCACGCCAUCAUCUCUCGACAAACUCGCUAACAACACAUCUACCCUAUCCUGUCUCCUCGAAGACGGUACCGGCGGCAUCAUCGAUGACACUGUCAUUACCAGACAAGGGCCCGAGGCUUUCUACUUCGUCACAAACGCCGGUCGACGAGAAGAAGAUCUAGCUUUCCUCACAGCUGAAAUUGACGCUUACCGCAGCGAGCACGGCGCCGACAGCAUCAAAUGGGAGAUUCUAAGUGACCGUGCCCUCAUCGCUCUCCAAGGACCAUUGGCACCCUCCCUCUUACAAUCAUACAUUUACACCGGUGAAGGCGAAGACCCCGCCUCGACAGACCUCAACACACUAUACUUUGGUCAAUCACGAGAACUUUACCUCCAACUCCCCGACGGAAGCAAAACAGCCCAUCGACUCCUCAUCUCCCGAACUGGGUAUACAGGCGAAGAUGGCUUUGAGAUAUCCAUCCCGACCGCCAACGGCGCAACCGAUCUCCCGCACCAGGUGACCGAACUCCUGAUCUCGCAACCCGACAAAUGUCGUCUCGCAGGUCUCGCGGCCCGUGACUCCCUCCGUCUCGAGGCCGGUAUGUGUCUCUACGGCCACGAUAUCUCGACCGCCCAGACCCCUCCCAUGGCCGCAUUGGGCUGGGUCGUCGGCAAAGAGCGACGAGACGAGUCAUCCCCAGCAUCCAAGUUCAACGGGUCAUCCAUCAUCCUUGCUCAACUCGCGAAACCGUCCAAGACCAUCUCCCAGCGCCGGAUUGGUCUUACUAUUGAAAAGGGUGCGCCGGCUCGCGAGGGUGCUAUCAUUAUUGAUCCGAGCAGCGUGACCGAAGAGAACAAGACGCCUACUCAGAUUGGUGUUAUCACGUCUGGGUUGCCUAGUCCUUCGCUCGGAGGCACCAAUAUUGCUAUGGGAUAUAUCAAGAACGGACUGCACAAGAAGGGUACUGAGGUCGCGGUCUUGGUGAGGAAUAAGUUACGUAAGGCCACAGUAACGCCGAUGCCGUGGAUUGAGAGUAAAUUCCAUCGUCCUUCUUGA